AUGCUUCGCAUUCCAGGCAAGGCCCGGCACAGCCGCCGCCUCAGUGCCUCGGGCGGUGACCCGUUCAAAGGGGCUCCCAAACCGUCUGGUGAUGUGGCUCUCAAACCGACACAGCCCAACAACACACUGCAAUGUGGCGCCACCUAUAGACGCCAGAUUGAACGCCUGGCCAGCCACAAGAAGGCCAGAUACAAGGAGGCCAGCUACAAGACGGCCAGCUACACCGAGACAAACUACAAAAAGGCCAGCUACAAGAAGGCCAGCUACAAGAAGGCCAGCUACAAGAAGGCCAGGUACGAGAAGGCCAGCUACAAGAAGGCCAGGUAUAAGAAGACCAGGUACAAGAGGGCCAGCUACAAGAGGGCCAGCUACAAGAGGGCCAGCUACAAGAGGGCCAGCCACAAGAAGGCCAGCCACAAGAAGACCAGCCACAAGAAGACCAGCCACAAGAAGGCCAGCUUAAAGAAGGCCAGCUACAAGCUACAAGAAGGCCAGCUACAAAAAGGCCAGCCACACGGAGACCAGCUGGCAGCUGCACGGAGACUGGCUGAUAGCUUUACCGAAAUCAGCUACACGAAGACCAGCUGGCAGCUAGCAGCUAGACCAGCUGCACAGCAUAUAGCUGCCAGCUGCAACAACGAUAGACGUUCGUAG